UAAUUGUUUUUUUAUUUAAGUGCAUCUGAAAAAAAAAUGUUACUCCUAAUUAGCUCAUAAUAAUAUUCAUUUAAUUGGCCAGUUAUCACUAUAAAACACACCCGUGAUGGCGUGUUGUGUUUUGGUCGAACAGUGUGGGAGCAGGAUGCAGCGAUUUAAAUUGUAUUUAGUUUAUUUGUUUAUAUUAUUUUAAAAGUUUCGUUACUGUUUUUCUGUUUAACCAAAAUGACAGACUUUCACCGGCUGAAUUCCGCGUCUAUGAAGAAUACCGAAUGUGUUUGUGACCCGUUUCACCGAAGAAAGGUCUGUGUAUAUGUUCCACUGGAGGACAUGGCUGCCCAGGUGAACAGAAGAGGAUCCUGGGCGUUGUAGUUUCAGGACAGUGGAUGCUUCUACUUUGUGUCCUUUUUUUUAAUUUAGUAUUUUUUUAAUUUAGUAUUUUUUUAAUUUAGUAAUCUCCAAUUUAUUUUAUUUUCUCCCAAUUUGGAGUUUUUAGAGUGGCACAAGCAGGCAUUCGUAGGCUAUGUGAUGCUAGCAAUGUGAUUUAUAUAGUUGAAGGUGUCAACUAUUUAAAGAAAAAAACCAAAAAAACUCUAAAUUACAAAAUAGCAUUUACUAUUUAAAACAUAUAACUGACCACCUAUUUUCCAGUUCAAUUUUAAAGUGUUUUGGAUUUUUAUUAGUUUCCUUGACGACCGUCCCUGCGUGUUGGUAUCAAACACGCGAUUGGUUAUAAUUCAGCAGCCAUUUAAACAUCAAAAGAAAACAAAAGUAAAACCGAAACUGCAGCAGCUGAUAGAAAACAAGUAGAAGGGCAGGAUACAUCUGUUUGGGACUCUCGAACUUCUAUUUACAAAUGGAAGUAUUUUAGACACCGGAACUUCUAGGGCAUACAAUGCAGAAUAAAUAUAAUGGAUGCAUUAAUGCAAACUACUUAAUGUUGCAGCUGUAGAGCUGAGAGACUUCUGCUGUCUACUGGCAUCAAACAUCCGAUUGACUAUAAAUUACAACAGCAGCCAUUAAACGUUAAGGGGGAAAAAGUGAGUUAACUUUGUCACAAGCUCUAAAGAAGCUCUUACACUGCGGGCUGAACACAAGAUUAUUCUGUUUGGAACUAGGCUGCUGGACAUAUAUUCAUAGUUAACAAGAAUAUUGUUUUUGGUCAGUGGACAAAAAAAAACCUUUUCCUGCAGAAUGAAACUUUUCGUCGUUGGGCUGAUCUUAUUGGUUGUUAAACGUACCGGCGGGAGUCUUGUGAAAAAAGUCACAGGGGUCCGCGGCAGUGACGUCUGGAUCGAAUGCAUGUUUGACGCUGCCAGGAUGAGCCAAGACUGUAUGGUGGCACCGCUGUGAGAAUUCAGACUGCACAAAGAUCCAACACUUCAUUGGUGGCGUGGAUCAGCUGCAGGACAGGGCAGCCUCCAGGACGGGGCGGGUUUACCCGGAUAAAUUGAGAGAGGGAAAUGCCUCUCUUUUCAUUGAGAACGUGCAGAUGUCUGAUGAGGGGCUUUAUAAAUGUACUGUCGUAUUGAGAGAACGUCCUGACACUAAAAUCUCUGUUUUAACUGUUCUAGCUUCUUAUGAACCCCCUCAGUUGACAGAAGCCCUGGACACUCGCUCCUUCACCUGCUCUUCUAGAAAUGGUUUCCCUCCUGCGCUGGUGACCUGGACUGGUGGCAGUGGGAUGAAUUACACUCCGGAUUCCGUCACGCAGCACACACUGAAUCCAGAGGGGCUGUAUGAUGUUGUGAGUAAAUUAACAAGGAGUUUUACUGAAGAGGAAACAGUCUGCUGUACAGUGUGGAACCAGCCUCUCCAAGAACACAAAACCAACUGCAUGCGAGUCACUCCAGGACAAGAGACCGAUGAUCAGCACAUUACAAUGACAUCAACCCUAAUUCCUGUUGCCCUUUUCAUCCUGGCUUUUGUUGGGUUCAUGAUAUACCGGUAUCUCAAAGGACAACAGAAUCGAGCCAGAAUGCGGAAGAGGAUUUUUAGUUGCUCAAACCACACGGUCAUUGUUCUGAUUGGGAGACCACACCAUGCGGUGCCAUCGGUCAUCAACUCCUGUGUGUUUGCCUACAAGGCUGAAGAACCCUUUAAAAACUUGGCUGGUGCUGACAAGGAACCCCCUUAUUAUGCCCAGCCUGAGGAGGUGCCCCUGACAGAGCACAUCACCUUCACCAGAGCACUGCUGGAAAAGGAGGACCGGUUCUGGACGGACGAAAGGGAGGCCUACCUGGACAAGUGGAGAAAGGAAGCCCAGAGUCACAGACACCCUUUUGUGUUUGUGCACAGUUGCAUCAACAAGCUGACAGCAACAACCAAAGAUGAAAUUCAAAAACUGUUUGAAGACGUUAAAAGUGUUACAGGCUCAUACCCUUUCACUGCGCUGACCAUGAAGAACUUUGAAAAUGCAGAUGAUCUGGAACCUUUCUUCAAGGAUCUGGGGAGUAAACGGGUGUUUUCAUUUCACAACUACACGAUACACGACCCCAAGAGAAAUGCACAGAGGGAUGAGGAGUUUUUGGAUUUCAUGAAUGCCUGUAUUGAUGAGGCUGUUGACACAAAAUCUGAGACGGUGCCCUUAAUAGAGGAUAAUUGAUGUAUCCUUCACACACACACUGUAUCCUGGAAAACAGUACAGUAUAAGUCAUUCCAUUUAAAAAUAGUCUGGGAGGGUUUUCUGUCGACACACAAUGGCAUUACUACGUGGCAACCGCCACACAAUGUGCUGCAAGAAGCGCAGGACCUGCUCAUUCUUAAAUGAAUGCCAGUAAUCCUAGUUCACGUUCAAUGCAUCUUGUUUAUCUCCAUAUAUUCUUUUUGUUGCCUAGUUUUUUAAAACUCCUUUGGCAUCUAGUAUAACUCAUGUCUUGGUACCCUUUUAUAUUAGGGUUAAAACAGCAUUUUUCUGGCUAUGCACGGUUGUAUUUGGCCCCUUCUGCUAUCCGUAGUUGGGGGCGGAGCUUCCUUUGUUUUUGGAGCCUGUUAGUGGUAAGGUAUAAAAGCACAAAAAAGCCAGUUAUUGGGGUGACUUGCUGUUCCUGCUAUGGUUGAAGAAAGAGAACGUAGUUUUUUUUUUCUAAAAGCUUUUAAAAGUGUUAGUCUGUGUGUUGCAUGCAGCUGUUUUUUUGUUGGUCAGCGUAUUUAUCCUAACGGUUUCAAUAUGUGUUUGGACUAAUAGCGCAACAGACAUACCGUUAUACUAACAUGCACGUCUUUCGUUUUUGAAAAGUUUCACGUGCCGUUUUCUCUAACAACCCCUCGGUUUGAUUUAUUAAUUUUGCUACUUUGAAUCACUGUUAAAUUGCUACGAACCAAGAAUACAUUUCAACCAUAUGAGAUUCCCAGCGGGAUAUGAACUGUAGGAGCUACACAGCUGAUUCACUAUGACCGGGUGAGAUCAAACCUUUUUUUUAUUUCUGCUAGGUUGUGGAUUACAAAAAUGGCCAUUAAGUUUUUGUUUAAGAGCAUUUUUUUCCUUUAUUGAAUCUGUGGCAGGGCAGAAGCCCUGAAUGUGUAAAUAUGAAAGUGUGUGUUAGAUAUGGCAGGGCUUCCAGCCCUGGUUGUCUUGGGUGUGUUUUUGGUGGUGGUGGUUGGCAGGGAUAGGGUUAAUUCCUAUCCCUGCCAAAUACAUGUGCAGAGUGUAGCCAGGUGUUGAUUGCAUUAUUCGUUCUCAAUCAACCCUGGCCACAUGGUAUUUAAGGGAGCUAAAGAACUCCAUUUAGGCAGAGAGCCUAAGAGAGACACAUGCUCCUGAACUGUUUAAAAAACUUCACUGUGAUAGCACUGCUUGGGUGACGGUUUGUUUGUUCAUUUUUGUGGUACGCGAUUGUUUUUGUUACAACCUUUAUUUUGCUCUGAGCUGGGUUUUGCUUUCUUAUUUUUGUUUAAGAAACCUGCACAGUAGUGCUUAAACUGCAGUUUUGCUGUCACAGACUCUUUGUCCACCCAGCCACCCUGUCACAGGAUCUCUUAUUUUUGGGGAACUGUAUUGAACUUUUAUUUAUUUUUUUAACUUAUGUUUGCUGUAAGACCAAGACUGAAACACUGACGUGCAAAUAUUGCUGUACAGAUGUAAUGUGCAGCCGCACAGAUUUUCUGAAUAAGCAGUCUAAUUAUUUAGAGGCAGAUCUUUGUUUUGUUUCUGUUUCCUUUCCUCUUAAAUCUAUUCAGCAAUGUUCGGUAGAAAAGGCUUGUCUUUCUAACCGGUAUUAUGUUUGUAGCUACUCAGACACGUGAUAUUUCUCUCUUCUACCAGCUGCAAUGGUUUUGUUUAACAUUGAAAGGGUGGUUUGUACUUUGAAAGUUUUCUGAUAAUGUUUAAGUCCUACUACACUGAGUUCUCCAUGUACACACGUUUCAUUACUGCUAUAUUUGCCAAUAGUAGUAUAUAAUAAACCGAUGCUGUUAAAGUUUACUCUCUUGGUUCCUGUGAAAUCCUUGUUUUAUGCUGUACUGAUUUAGUUGCUGGGAGCGUAGUAUUUGAUUUAUGCUCGGUGUCAGUAUACAGCUAUUACCUAGGUGUUUAGUUGCUUUACACUGGGUAAGUUUGUUACAAGGUGAGUAAUACAAACUAAGGUUUAAUGUACUUGUUUUUGUGAACACGAUCACCCAAGAACCCGAGGGUGUCCUCGGCUCACCGCGCACCAGCGACCCCUAUGGUCUGACCGGCACCUGCGGGCUUGCCUGUAAGCUGCCCAGAGCUGUGUUGUCCUCCGACGCUGUAGCUCAAGGUCGGCUGUAUGGCGGGCCUGCAGAGUGAAAAGAAGCGGUCGGCUGACGGCACACGCUUCGGAGGACAGCGUGUGUUUGUCUUCUCGGCUCCCGAGUCAGCGCAGGGGUAGUAGCGGUGAGCUGAGCCUAAAAAUACAAUUGGCCAUUUCAAAUUGGGAGAAAUUGGGUAAAAUUAUUAAAUUAUAGAAAAAAAAGUUUUAUCGAAUGUGUUCUUUUCCCAAGCUGGGAAUGAAGUCUCCCGCAGAGAAGUUGGAGACUUUUUGGUUUUUUUUCCCCGUUUCCAGUAUAUGGCGAAUCAUUCAACUGCCAUGGAACGUGGUUUUUAACAUUAUUUACCAUACAUUAUUGAGAAUAUCCAAUGCUUGGAAUAUAGGGGGUGUCCGUCUGUCCGUACACCCCUUCAUGUGUAUGUCACACUUGCAUUUGUUAAUGAAUCUGCAGAACAGCUUCUCCAAUUGUUAAUAAACAUGUCAUUGCCAUUUCUUAUUCUAUACUGUCCUGUACAUACUGUUGAUUAAAUGUCAUGGUCGUCAAUGGUAUUUUUUAUAUUUGUUUACGACUGUAAGUCGCCCUGGACAAGGGCAUCUGCUAAGAAAUAAAUAUUAUUAUUAAUUUCAUCUGUUGUACGUUUCCUUAGAAAAUUCAAGAUCAGGAAAUGGACUGUUAGUGGUACUAAAUAUUACAAUUUGAAUGAAAGUU